AAGGAAAAGCAGCGAGGGGGCGGGGCAGCUAGGCCGCUUCCCGCCCGCGCUCUUUCAGUCUUCAAAUUGGUCCGAUCCCGGCGCAUAUUAGCAGGGAGCCGCUGUCGUCCUGGUCAGAGGUUGUCCUUCCUCAGCAGAGCAGCUAUGUCUGGCAGAGGUAAAGGCGGGAAGGGUUUGGGUAAAGGUGGUGCUAAACGUCACCGCAAGGUCCUACGGGACAACAUCCAGGGUAUCACAAAACCCGCGAUUCGGCGUCUCGCCCGCCGUGGCGGCGUUAAGCGCAUCUCCGGCCUCAUCUACGAGGAGACUCGGGGCGUGUUGAAGGUGUUCCUGGAGAACGUCAUCCGCGACGCUGUCACCUACACCGAGCACGCCAAGCGCAAGACGGUCACCGCCAUGGACGUGGUGUACGCCCUCAAGCGCCAGGGCCGCACCCUGAAAGAACCAGAAGCCCCAUGUGCCAGAUCCAGUAAGGUGGUUGAAGACAUAAUGAUGUUUCCAAUGAGCGGCAUGUGACAGCAAUAUUUAGUUUUAAUCACCUUGUCAAGACAUGUGAAAAUUACAGAAUACGAAGUAAUGUGAUUUUUUGCAUUAAUAAAUGCCUUUCUCUUAUCCAUUUCAAAUAAAGAAAUGGCUGGGGGAUAUUUCAUAUCUCAU